AAAUAAGUUGUUAUCUGAAUGGGAAGGAUAAUGAUCUGCCAACAAUGGCGUGUUGGUCUCUUCGUGUUGUUUGUCAACCUCCAUAUUCUUCUUCACGGCGCGACGUAUCUCUUCCUGCUACUUCCCGCAGGCUUGCUCUCAUCCAGCUUGGAGCCGCUAUACCUCAGACACAGUUAUUUGGUGUGGGUGCAUCCACAUUACUCAAAUCUGAUGUUAGCACAGCUAAAACUACUAUCACUGAGGAAAAUGCAAUAGAUUGGCCAAGAAAGGAUAAUAGAAAAAUGUUACAUGUUGUAUAUCGUGUUGGGGAUUUGGAGAAAACUAUAAAGUUUUAUACCGAGUGCUUGGGUAUGAAAGUGUUAAGGCAACGCAACAUACCAGAAGAAAGAUACGCAAAUGCUUUUGUGGGAUAUGGACCUGAAGAGACUAAUUUUGUUAUUGAACUUACUUACAAUUACGGAGUUGACAAGUAUGACAUUGGAAAUGGUUUUGGACAUUUCGGUAUAGCAGUUGAGGACGUUGCUAAAACUGUGGAUCUUGUAAAAGCCAAGGGUGGAAAAGUUACGAGUGAAGCUAGCCCAGUAAAGGCGCUGAUUGAAGAUCCAGAUGGCUACACGUUUGAGCUCAUUGAGAGGAAGGGCCGUGUUUCUGAGCCUCUAUGUCAAGUGAUGUUAAGAGUAGGAGAUAUGAAUCGCUCCAUUAACUUCUAUCAGCAGGCAUAUGGAAUGAAACUCCUCCGGAAAAGUGAUGAACCUGAAAACAAGUGCACAAAAGCCAGAAUGGGGUAUGGGUCUGAAGAUGCAAGUGCAGUGUUGGAAUUGACAUACAACUAUGGCAUCACGGAAUAUGACAAAGGAAAUGGUUAUGGGCAGAUUGCAAUAGGAACCGAUGAUGUGUAUAAGACUGCACAAGUUGUAAAACUGUUUGGUGGGGAGAUAGUGCUUCAACCUGGGCCCUUGCCGUUCUUAAACACAAAGAUAACAGCCUGUUUGGAUCCAGAUGGAUGGAAAUCGGUAUUUGUCGAUAACAUUGAUUUCAUGAAAGAACUAGAGUGAGGAAAGGAAACAUGAUUGAUGGAGGAGCUGAGCAGUUAUCUAUAGAGUUUAUAUUGAAAAUCGAUGUCUUGCCAAUUCCUUAAACUGAUAAAUCAUUCCACUCUCACUCUUAUUGAUAAACACAAUCGAUCAAUCAAUCACAAUAGAUAUAAAUCCAAAAGACACUACACAUUCUUAAUUC